AAUGUAUUUAUGUACAUUGCCCACAUUGGUUGUAUCUGUCUAGUAUAACAGUUAUUCAUGUAUAUACAGAUACAAGUGAUCUUACACUCAUACGGCCAUAUAUACGUAUGAAUUAUACAAGAAUUUCCACAAAAAGUUCAAGACUAAAUUACUUUUCAUCUAAUCCUCUCAAUAUAGUGUUUUUUUUAAACUAUUGAAUAUCAUCACCAAUAGAUUUUCCUAAUCAGUUUUUACAGUUGUUUUAUAAUAUUUAAUAGCUAUAAGUUUUUUUUCUUAAUUAAUGUUUUUUUGGAGCUAAUAUUAUUAUCCCAUUAUCAUUAAUAACAUUAUCAUCAUAAAUUUUUAUUACAGCUUUAUUUUUUUUUUUAUCAUACUGAAAAAGUGCAAUUACAUAUAUAAAUGAAAAAACUAUACUUACUAUAGUUAUUACCUACAUAAAUACGUUUGAUAAUGAUGGGAGAAAAAUUAGUUUGUUAAACCACAUUAAUUGAAACAGUUUAUUGUAUUGUACAUAAAUAGAAUUUGUUAUUUUGUAAAUGAACGUAAAUGUAAAAAAUGUUUGAAUCACCGAGAAGUUUACAAGAAGUGUGUGUAAACUUUAUUUGUGAUAAUGUACUUGCCAUUUGCGAAGUACAACCAAGUGAUCCUGUGAAUACAACUUUCACACAAAAUUUACCAAUUUCAAACAAAAGUGACAAUGACCAUACUACACAAGAUAAAGAAUGUAUAAAAUUAGCUAACGAUGAAAAUAAUUCAAUAUCUUCUACAUCAGAUGCUUUAUCAAUAAACAAUAUUAAUUUUGGAUCCACUACAAGGUUGAAUUUUAAAGAUCCUGAUAUUUUUUUACCAGCACAAAUUUCAGAACAAUUAUUAACAAGCCUUUGUGAAAAAAAAGCUUUGUCUGAUUUAACUAUUACACUUUUUGAUUCCAGAACAACUCGUCUUCGGCAUGUUAGACUGAAGGAUGCUUCUAAUCUUUCAGUAAAAGGAUUAAAAAUUUUAGAACAACAUAAAAUUGUUGAUUUAGAGGUAAAUGGUUUAAAAGUAACUAUCAAUGAUUUAAUAGGGUGUCUUGGAGAAUGGAGUUUACAAAAUCUUCGUUCACUGAGUGUUGCUCGAGGAAGUUUUAUAGAUUGUUCAAGAGUAUGUGUAUUUUUGGCAUUAAGUAAACUACGUGCUCUGCAUACAUUAAACGUUUCUGGAACGGAAUUUAAUAAGCAUGGAUUAGAAAUAGUUGUUGAAGAUUUACCGUUAUUAGAAAGCCUUGAUAUUUCAUGUACUAGAGUUGAUGAUAUAACACCAUUAAAAAAAUGUAAAGAUCGUUUGAAAAGUUUGGCAAUGUAUAAUCUUAAAAUUAGUGGUUUCAGUAAUUUGAAAUCAGUGCUUUUGGAGCUAAAUGAACUUCGGAAUCUUGAUAUCUCUGACGAGAAGGAUUCUUAUUCAUUUGAAAUGUUUGCUCCUGCUAGAUCUAAAAUAACUGAUCUCUUACGAGCAACAGAUUGUAUGCCAUUAUUAUCAAGUCUAGAUAUUUCUGGAAAAGAUGAAAUAGAUGUUAAAGAUUUAAAAGAAUUUAUCAAGAGUCAUAAACAUUUGGAGUUUUUAGGACUUGUACAUUCGGAUGCUUGUUAUGAUGAUAGUCUCAUAAAUCCAGCUAAUAAGGAUUAUAGAUCAAAAUUAACGGUAAGUGGAAUGGCUACUGAAGCUCAAAUUUUAGAAGCUUUGAGAAGAUACUCUCAGCGACCGAUAUACGUUCAAAAAUGUUUAUAUAACUUAUUUCGAUUAACACCACAUUUCAACGAAGCACGUGUUGAUGUAAUAAAACUUGUUAUACCUGGUAUGAGAGCUCAUCCUGAAGAAUUUCGCGUUCAAAUGGCUGCGACAGCUUGUUUGUAUAAUUUAACGAAAGGUGAAUUAGCAUCGAAAAUACAUCCAUUUAUUUUAAAACAAAUUGUUGACCUAACACUUACGGCUAUGGAGUCAUAUCCGAAUCAUUAUCAGUUGCAAAAAAAUACUCUACUAACUUUAUGUAGUGAUCGGAUUUUACAAGAUGUUGCUUUUGAUAAAUACAGAUGUGCAAAACUAGUAAUGAACUGUCUUUCUGCAUUCGAUGAUGCAUCAAUGAAUCGAAUGUCGGUAGCUAUUUGUUCAAUUUUAGCUGCUAAAAUUUCCACAGUAGAGACUUCAAUGCUUGGUUCUAAACCACAAUAUAUGUCAAAGCUUCUGUCAAUGGUUAGAUCAAAAAUUCAAAUGAAAACUGUAGAUAUUACUAUGAGAUUUACAUUAAGUGCAUUAUGGAAUUUGACGGAUGAAAGUGCGACAACUUGUAGAGUUUUCCUUGAAGAAGGUGGAAUGGAAUUAUUUUUAGAAGUCCUUGAAAGUUUUCAAGGGGAAUCUAGUGUGGAGACAAAAGUUCUUGGAUUGCUUAAUAACAUUGCAGAAGUUAAUCAAUUAAGACAGCGAUUGAUGCAACCUCGGUUUCUAACGAUGCUCUCUAUGCUUUUGAAUUCCGAGCACAUUGAUGUUUCAUAUUUUGCAGCAGGAAUUGCAGCUCAUCUAUUGAGUGAUGGUCCACAUAUUUGGGUCGAUUGGGAAUUUCAACCAACAAAACAACAAUUAUUGGAUCAAUUAGCUAAAGCUGUUACUAGUUGGCAAACACCGCAAGGUGAAAUGGUAGCUUAUAGAAGCUUUCAACCAUUUUUCUCUCUAUUAAAAAGUACUGAGGCAUAUGCAGUUCAAUUAUGGGCCGUUUGGGCAAUCCAUCAUGUUUGUACGAAAAAUCCUAAACGAUAUUGUGGUAUGUUAGUAAAAGAAGGAGGAGUUGAAAUUUUGAAGAAGUUGGAAGAAAACCAUAGAAUGAAUACUUUCAAUACUACUCAAACUAAUGUUCAGAUACUAUGCUGCUCAAUUCUAAAUACUCUUGCACUUCAUCCAUGUUGACAUGCUACAAUUUUUUAGAAAAAAUAUAGCACGCUAGUCAAUAUAUAUAUAUAUAUUAUAUAUAUAUAUACAUAUAUUAAAAUAAAUAUAUAUGCAUGUAUAUAUGAUAAUC